CCCGCCACGGUCCCGUCUGUCACAGCUCCUCUGGACUUUACUUCGUGCAGGAUCAAACCUCAGCGACAUUAUUGCAGAAUGGAUGUAAAGCUGUUGGCAGUCGUGGCUGCGCUCACGGUGGUGAUGAUAUAUGUGCCUCCAUCACAAGCAAAGCCCAUCAGUCUGGUGGAGAGAUGCUACUGUCGUUCAACGGUCAACAACGUCCCACGAGGCUACAUCCGAGAGCUCAGGUUCAUCCACACGCCCAACUGCCCCUUCCAAGUGAUUGCCAAGCUGAAGACAAACAAAGAGGUGUGUGUAAACCCAGAGGUCAAGUGGCUGCAGCAGUACCUGAAGAACGCUUUAAACAAGAUGAAGAAAUCCAAACAGGGCAACUAAAAGCUCCUGCAGAGAUGCUCCUGAGCCAUCACAGCUAUCGAACGUGUGAUAUGAGAUCAUCUGGUAUGUUGUACAGCACUUAUCCCGGCUGCCACGCUGCGGCCUUAUGCAUUGAAUAAACCUACAACUCUUUACCAUGAACACCAAUCCACCAGCCCCGUCGCCGACUUCACCAUCACCACUCUCAUCACUUAUAGAGAUCAUAGAUGUUAUUAGUGCAAAGUGCAAUUAUAUCUGAGUGUAUGUUUUUCUAACUAUAAUGUAUAUACUUUGUUGUUAAUGGAUUUCAACAGUAAAGAGCUAUUUUUGGAGAUUUUCUUGUCCUUCUGGCCUCUCUGUCAUUUAGAAAAAGGGAUCGACCCUGGGGUCAAAGUGUUCAAGGGUGAGAGAUGUAGGUCAGCGGGAGGGUUUUCUCCAUACAAACAUGAGUCAACAUCCCAUUUGUAAGUAGUAGAGUCCUGUAGACCACUGAGCCAGGAGAUUUAUUAUAACUAAUCCUUAACAUGAGAUCUGCUUAUCCUUAUUGUCUCUGAUUUUAAAUUGUACACAAUGAUGAAGAACAAUGUGUAGUUUCUCUUCCAAAAACAAAGGAAUGGGCAGAGGCGCAGAGUUUGCCAAGUUGUAUUUCAUGUUUCAAGUUAAUUGGCACCAUGGGAUUUCAAUGGAUGCCAGCUACCCCAAGACUGAAUAUAAGAUGUAUAAAAUAUCCUAGUAAAAUGGCAAUUACAAUGUUUUUGUGAUGGAAAUUAGGAUGCCAAAAUAGCUUGAGCAUUUCCUGAACUGCUCUGUGGCUGUGAUUACAUGACCCUCUGUUACCCAACAUGUCUGCUUUUUUCACUCUUAAGAGAAAAGCUGAACAUCUGGAUCCCAAACACUUUUAAUUGAGCAAGCAAUAAGUCAAAAUUUACUGGAAUUAUAAAGCUUUUCACUAAAGAAGAAAUUGUGCAAACAAAUUCUGACACAGCUGUAUUACUAAAUUCAUGUUAAAACGAUUUUGUUAUGUCAGCUGGAUUCGGAUUGAAAUAACUUAUUAAGUAUGACUGUCCAUGUCGAAGAAGGGUGUACAGCAAUUAGAAUAACAGUCACCACAUCGAGAGCCACAGUAGAGAAAGAAGUACUGUAGUAUCCUUACUGACAAUUAAUAGAUGUUUGUGACUACCUACAACUGUCAUGCAGAUAGCAAUGCACUUUAUAUCUGAUGUAUUCAAGUUUUAACAAUGAAAUUUACUAUUACUCACUAAGUCUGACCAUUAAAUUCUGUCUGUUAUAUUUACUUUUUAUGUUAAUCGUGCUGUUUCCGUUCUGUUCUUUUUGAUCAUUCAAUGUGUAGCUGCAUUUAACUGUCAAAGUCUGGGAGUCAUCUAUUCAUUUAAAUCUCCUUGUCAUAUGUAAAAUUAAUAUUAUGCAAAUGUUUUAUUUUUGUACUCUUUUAUGCAUUUAUAUAUUAAAUCUAAACAUUUAAAUGAAGGAU